AUGAGUAAUUCACCAGGUGGAAGUACUCAUUCAUCAUCAGGCCGAGAAAAUCCUACUGGAUAUUCAAGUUCGACACAAUCAAAACGUCGAAGUAGUAAAGAUAGUCCAAUGGCCUUUUAUGAAAUUCCAGCAUGGGUAGAAAAUGUACCAUCGAAAAUAAUUAAUAAUGCUAAACAAUCAUUAAAAGAUAUGCCAACAUCACGUCCUUAUACACCACGUGAUGAUUCAAGAUAUACAUUAACUAAACUUAAUUAUGAUACAACUUCAUUUAAUCCGACAUCAACUGAUUAUGAAACUGAAUCACGACCAACGUCUAGUAAAAUAGUAGAUAUUAAACGACGAAAUUCAAAAGGUUCAAUCGCAGGAAUAUCUGAUAGUUCUGCUGUUGUCGCAACACAACCACCAGCAAGACUUUCAAAACUUAAUCAUCAACCAUCUCAAGAUCAAGUACGUUCGGAUGAUGGUAACAUUUCAAGUCAAACAAAACCUCCAUUACCAUCAAAUCAUCAACGAUCAAAUGCUGUAUCAACUGCAUCAACAAGUACAAUAUCAUCAUCAACUCCAAAGUCAUCACAUCAUCGAAUUAGUUCAUCAUCAACAAAAGAUGAUUCAUCAGAAGAAAAUCUUAUUUGGAAACAUGAAAUAGGUCCAUUGAUUGAAACACUUAUAACUGCUUAUCAAAAAAAUCAUUUUGAACAAUUUGAUCAAACAUGUAAUGAUCUUUAUAAUAGUUUAUUAAAACAUAAUUUAUUUGGAAAAAAAAGUAAUAAAAAACGUGGAGAAUUACUUAAAACAUUAUUUGGUUUUAUUGAAUCGGAAAAUCCAAUUGUACGAUUUCAUGUUGCUCGUUUAAGUCUUGCUUUUCAAAUAAGUAGUUCAAAUAAUUUACGACAUAUAAUUCGAAUAACAGCAGAUUUAACUACAAAGAAAACAAAUGAUCAUAUUUUUUUAAAUACAAAUAUUCUUGAUCUUCUUCUUGAAACAAUAUCACGUGUUGAUGUUGAACAAAAUCUUGAAUCAAUUGCUUAUUUUUCUACAAUAUUACAAAAUUUAACUGUUAAUAAUGAACUUAUUUGUUUUAUAUCGGAGAAAAAACCAUUUGAAUUAAUAAAAAGAAUUUUAAAAACUCUUCUUCAAUUAAAAGAUCAACCACAACUUCUUAGUAAAUUAUGUGAUUGUUUAGUACCAUUGACAAGUGCAUUGAGAAAUUUAGCUGACAAUGAUCUUAAUCGUCAAGAAUACUUAUCCGAUGAUCUUAUUGAUCAUUUAACAUUUAUAUUAAAAUAUUUUACCGAUAAAUCUCAUGAAGAUUUGAUGAAAAAUGUCGCACGAUUAUUCAGUAAAUUGACUCAACAUACUGAUUGUUGUAUGAAACUUGUGCAAUGCUCAUCAUGCUAUCGUUCAUUUCUUAAAAUACUUAUCAAACAUGAAAUUGUUCGUAUUUGCUUUAUUCUUGGUAAUAUGAUGGCUAAAAGUGAAGAUGCUCGUUUAACAUUUAUGAAAGAUUCACAUGCAUUACAAACAUUAACAAAACUUCUUCAUUCAUAUAUUCAACUUGAUUCUCUUGUAUUAAAACCCGAUAAACUUGAUAAUAAUGAUUCUAUAAGUCAAGAUAUUGAUAUUAUUGAUGAUCCAAAUACAAAUCAAUUUCGUUAA